AGCUAACUUCACGUACUUAAAUAGGUUAUUUGAUGUCUGUCAAGUUUCUUCUUUAGAAAAUUUAUUACUUCGAGCGUAGGGAAGCGGCUUCGUGGCGUCGCAAGGAACGAUUUUUAUUCGCGUUACCACUCGGAAGUCAAAUGACUAAUUGGCGAAAAAUGCGGUGGUAGUGAUGCGCCUAAAGGGGAAAAACAAUACAAAGUCGUUCCACAGUGUCUAUAGGGUGCUUUCUCGUCUAUGUCGAUCUAUGGAUAAAGGACAGCUUGAUGGUUUCAUGGCGGAUGGUGUAGCACCGACCCUGAAUGGCCAUAACUCUAACAUGGGUUUCAGCAGCCAGCAAGUGAAGCAGUCAUCCGACGUUUCCAGCAUCGUUUAUGACGUAGGACAGUACCCGUUGAACCUCCUGCGCAAUCUCAAUGCGCAGAGACUGGCGAACAAGUUCAGCGAUGUGGGCCUGGUGGCUGGCGGCAGCAUCAUCAGAGCGCACAGAUCGGUCCUGGCCGCCGGCAGUGCCUAUUUCAACGCCAUGUUCACUGUCGGUCUGGUCGAGGAGCAACAGGAGCUGGUGGAGAUCCACUCGAUCUCACCUCAGAUCCUCUCCCAACUGGUGGACUUCAUUUACAGCGGCACUGUAGACAUCACGCAGGACAAUGUGCAGGAGCUGUUCGCCGCCGCCGACAUGCUUGAGUUAGACGAUGUCGUGUCCGGCUGUAUCUCGUAUCUCAAGCAGCAGCUGCAUUAUUCUAACGCCCUUGGAAUUUACAGAUUCGCGGAAGCGCAUAACAGACUGGAUCUUUUGGAGACUGCCCUACGCUUUAUAGAAGUCAAUUUCCCCCAAGUCUGUCAGGAGGAAGAAUUUUUGGAUCUGCCCAAGGAACAUCUCGUUCAUUUUCUCAGUAGCGAUUACAUUCACAUCGAUACCGAGUGCCAGGUCUUCCAAGCCGCGUACAACUGGAUCGUGCACGACAUCCCCGCGCGGAGAUGCUACGUGUUUGAGAUCCUCGGCCACAUACGCUUGCGAUUGUGUUCAUUAGCGAGGCUGGAGCGAAUUAUCCUAGAAUGCAAGGACGCGAGCCUCAUCGUCGCGCUGCGAUCCAUACAGAAGGAUUUAGUGUCGAAUAAGGGUUGCCUGGUACCUCUUCACGCCCAGCCCCGUGUCUGUGCCAGGAAGAACAUCCUGGUGAUCGGCGGAUCCAAGCGGGAGCACUCCGCGGACAGCUGGGGCAGAACCGCCGAGAGUACUUACGAGACUAUCGAGAAAUACGACAUAUUCACUGGGGAAUGGAGCGAGGUGGCUCCGAUCAGCAUAGGACGCAUCCUACCGGGGGUGGCUCUGCUGGACGGCAAGGUUUACGUUGUCGGUGGUGAGCUGGAGUCCUGCAUAAUCGCUAAUUGCGAGUGUUACGAUCCUCGUGACAACGUGUGGAGCUCGAUCGCCUGUAUGGAGGAGCCCAGAUGCGACUUCGGUCUUUGUGCCUUGGACAACUGCUUGUACGCGUUCGGCGGAUGGGUGGGCGAGGACAUCGGCGGCUCGAUCGAGAUAUACGAUCCGAUCCGCAACACGUGGGCCUUCGACAACUACCUGCCCGAGCCGCGUUUCAGCAUGGGCGUCGUCGCGUACGAAGGAUUAAUUUACAUCGUGGGCGGCUGUACUCACAACAGCCGGCACCGUCAGGACGUGAUGAGUUACAACCCCGUGACGAAAGAAUGGAAGCACUUGGCCCCGAUGAUUACACCACGUUCACAAAUGGGUAUCACGGUGCUGGACGGAUACAUGUACGUUGUCGGCGGUACCAGUAAAAAUCAGGAGGUCUUAACCUCGGUCGAAAAAUAUUCUUUCGAUAAGAACAAGUGGACAAGCGUCGCCCCGAUGAGCAUGGGCAGAUCGUACCCGGCGGUCGCGGCGGCCGACAGCCAGCUCUACGUCAUAGGCGGCGACCAGUCGCAGGAGAUCAACUUCUACCGCACGCAGAUCACGAUCUCCACCGUCGAGUGUUACGAUCCCCACACGAACAAGUGGCACGAGUGCGCUUCCCUGCCUUCGAGCAGAGGUGAGGCGACGGCGAUCGUCGCACCCUUCUGAUCGACAUUUCUGAGCGGAAGUCCGGCUCGCACGGCUUGGUAUCAGCUCGGCAUUGUCGUUUCUCCUUGCUUCUCGAUUCUGUCGGCGCUUCUUUUCCUCCUUGAUAUCCACUCGGCGUUAUUCAACUUUGCCCUUAUCCUUAUAGACUGGCUUCGGUUUGAGUCGUAUGUCACGGAAGAAGGACGACGGACAGGUUAUUCGACCUCACUGAGAGCAUUGUAUCCGUUAGAUUGAUGGCUGGUCGUGUGUUAUAAUAUCUAAAGAGUAUUAAGUAGAUCUAUUAAUUUUCGGAAAUACUCUACGGGCGCGUUCACUUUUUAAAUACUCACACUUUUUCAAUACUCCUAAUAUUGAGGUAUUAUAUAUAUGCGUAUAAGUUGUAACUGAAAAAAAAAAGGGAAAAAAAAGAUUACUACCAUUUCUCACGAAUCACAGGGCAGUCGCUGACCGACGCGGCGUUAAGAAGGAACCUGGGAUCCAAGGAAUGUAGAAUCUAACGAAUCUGAGUUUUUUUCCCCCAAGAAAGGCUGGGAUUGAGGAAAUUAGAAUCUAAGGGAUUUAAAAGACACUAUGAGAGAGGUUUCACUUUUAUAACUUAAAAGAGAGUCUCUUCGCUCAAUGCAUUCGAGACUUCAAUGUCUUACGCUCCAGACAUCUGUAAAUUCUUGCGAUGCAUUGAGAAAGGGAGGUGAUAAGAGACACCCAGCGCUCAAAAGUAGGGUCCAAAUUAUCCAGAUUUUCAAAAAAAGAAAAAAAAUGUUGGAUCCGAAUAACGUAAGAUUUCGAGAAUCUACAAUCCGAGGGAUGCGGGAUCCGAGUUUUCUAAAACUCCGUAGCUCGAUCGAAGAUUCCGAGGAAUUCAAGACUCGACGAAAAUAUCGGGUCUUGACGGGAAAUACCCUCAGGAAAACAUAUAUGUAUCUAUUAGAGUCGUUUUAUCAUUUUCGACGCGUGACACGUCGCGCACGAAUUGGACGUGAUAAUUUAAAUUCGGAGCUGUAGAUACUGGAUCCAGUGUCUUUUUUAUCGAAUUGUUUUCAUCGAUCAGGCUAACGCGCGAACGGAUUUGAAACUAACGAGGAUGUAACAUACAGCGUGUAGUAAACACUUGAAUACUUUUAUUAAUUAACGAUGUGCGCUAGGAAAGGACUGAGCUUCUUUAUAUUACAAUAUAGUCACAUACCAAAGUUGUAAUUUUUAAUCGCAUCACUAUAUACGAGAAUACAGUCCGCGUUUAAACGUAACACGUGUAAGGAGCUAAAACGUAUAAGUCGAAUCCAAAGAUAUUUGUCCUUGGAUUGUCUAAGGGGAUAAAGACACAAGGAUUUCCAAAAGGCGAACUAUUACGGGAUGAAAAAAAUUUCGCAAAUUUCGGUAAUGUGAAACUCCAGAAUUACGCAUCUUGAAACGUCGGAAAACAGUAAAAAAGUAACAAUUCAAGAAUCUAAUAAAUUCCGGAGAUUAUAUUUUGAUCUGAUUAACAGUCCAGAAAUUUGGCAAUUGGCAAUCCGGCAGUCGUGAACGAAAAUGACUUGAAUCUGAAUGUGCGAAGAGAUAGGAAUCAUUCAUGCAAAAAUCUCACGAUUCCAAUGGUCCUUGGAGCUUUUGACCCUCGGCACUUUGGAACUCCAGAUUCCAAGGUGCACUGUAUGUCGGAAAAGAAACCGAUCUUCAAUUUGAAUCGCCGAAACCAGCAGCGUCGUUGAAGUCGGACAAACAAUUUCUGAAAUAUGCGGGUCGAAGAGUGGCGGUGCUCUUCGGCCACGUCGUCACGGAAACAUUCAAGCUCGAUGCGUCGAGCUUGCAACGAGAAUCGCCCGUUGCAACGUACACAAGUUUUCCACGUAUGGUAUGAACUUUUCCAAGUCGGAAGAGGAGACAUCAGAGACGAGACCCAAUGGCGAACCAGUCAGGUCGUUCGAAGGCCGCGACCACCGACGAGCUCGUCGGGAAAACGCGAGAAAAUUACAACUCGGCUCGAAUAUAGAAUAAAAAGGGUGGAACGCUGGCUGAGGAAUUGUCCAAGAAUCAAUUUACAGCAUCUUAAGACGAAGAAAUUGGAAACGAACAAAAGAAAAUCAUCCAACGUCCGCUGUAUUCGCCUGAUUUGUCAUCACGCAACUAUCGUCCGACCCCAAAAAAGUAAGCGGCGGUAAGAGGAAUAUUACGAUCACACACGAUGACGUUGAAGUCAUACAAGCCGCCGUGAAGAAUCGUCAAGGUCAUUCCAAGGACGGACUCACACAAAUUCAUGCGCUGCUUUAACGUGCCCAACGUUGCAUCGAGGCAGAACAUAUUUCGAAUGAACGUACAAUAUAACGUUAAAUUAACCAACAAUAAACACACACACACGUACACGCACACGUACACAUAAACAAUAAAUUUUGACUUUUGGCAAAACAAACGAUAGUUUCUUUUUUAUUCAAAGAUUUGGUCUCUUUUCCGACACGCUGUAUGUAUGUACGUUAUCGAUAAGAUAAUCAUGUUUCUUAAUUGGCGCGCGCGAAAUCGCGCGCGCAAUGUUUUGUAAACUCGUAAGGCCACGUUUUAUAAAACCGUUCUGAGAAUCGAAGAAUCGCCGGUCUCUCUGUA